AUGCUGCGGUAUGGAACAGUCCUCGCAUUUGCCGCCAAAGCCGGUCUGGGUGCUUCGGUCAUUGCCGCUUUCCGGCAGCGAGUAUGGACGACCGUGCGGACGAGGAUGAUGAGCAUUGGUGCCAUCGAUUCGAUGUUCGCCGCCGCCGAAGACUUCUUCGCCCUGGUGAAUUGGGAGUUCCUAAGCGGCGCUAAGAUCGCAGCAGCACUGGCGCUCUUCGUAUGGUUGGCACCACUGGUUGUUAUUUUGACAGCCAAUACAUUGCUGGUAGAGCUUCAGACCACCGAGACCAACACAACCUGUCCCGGCGUUCGGACACUGAACUUCUCCUUCGAGGAUGUCAAUGACUGGCGAACCCCUCUGAAAAUUGAUGGCCUUUUCGAGAUUCCUUUGUCUUUGUGGAAUACCACAAAGCCCCAGGGCGAAGAUCCGCCAGGCUGGUUCGAUUAUUACACCGCGCCGGGACCCAACUUCGUUCAGACCGCCACCAUCGGCGCCUAUCUUGGCCAGGCAGUCAGCCGCAAGAACGCGUCGUUCGAGACGUGCAGUCCAGGCUGGAACUGCACAUUCGAAGUCAGCUUCACGGCGCCUGGCUACAAAUGUACGGAGCUGGCGAGCGGCGUCGACUCGACGCUGAAAAAUCUCACCCAGGAAUCGGGUGAAGCCAAAUCCCCAUUCGGGAUCGAUUUCCUUCUCCCGAAGGGUAGCUUCGCAUAUUACGCAUUUGCAAGCGGUGGAGAAUAUUCAACCACGCAGUUGAAAGAUGUCGCGCCGGGCGGCAUUCCUAACAUGAAGCCCCCAUAUCCAAAGCACUUUGGAGCCUUCAGAACGGAGCCGAUUGUCUGGAUCGGUUAUGCUGUGCUGGCGAACCCCGACGAAACACCUCCCACUGAGCCCUCUGAUCCAAAGUGGAAUUCUUCGUUCAUUCCCAAGAUAUUUGGAUGCGAGCACUACGAGACUAACUAUACCGUCCACUUCAACUACACAGAUGGGACACAGUACACUACGGUCAAGAAGCGGACCUUUUUGAUACCCAUCAUCAACACCACCUUCGUGCCGCACGUCGAUGCCGAUGAUGGCACGGCCGACAACACGACUGCAACCCCCGAGGAGAACUACGUGUAUCCCUCCGAUGUGGAGCGAUACAGACGUGUAGCGGCAUACCACUCCCUAGGAUACAUGCUUCGGCAAUUCGUGAACGGCACCGUUGAGAUCGAGAGCUCCCUGGUCAAUCCCAUCGCCAACACGGCAGCGCUCCAGACAAAGUUGCUAGAUCCACGCAACAACUACUUUGCAUACCCGAAUCUAAUGUCUCUAGUCCAGGGGUUCUACGAGGACUUGAUCCUCUCGAUAUUUUCAAACCCUCAAUUUGUGGAGGUUGUCUGGGCCGCAAGGACAGAUGAGCAGACGGGGACCUAUCACGCUCGAGACCUGUGGAUCGUGUACGGCAUCGCCGUUAUGUUGGCCCUUCUCGGGCUGGUUGCUGGUGCGUUUGCGCUGCAUGAAAACGGCGGCGUGAUGAGAAAUACGCGAUUCUCGAGCAUCGUGGCUGCGACGAGGGGUCCGCCGCUGGAGAAGGUGAACUGGGAAGGCCCAGGACAGGACCGAGGGGACGUCCCGAAGGAUAUUCAGCGUUUGAAGAUUGGCUAUGGCAUGAUGGGCCUGGACAUGCAGAACACGACGAGCUAUGACAAUCGAUACCCAGGGCAGGAACCCGCAGGCGGAGUAAAGUGUGGCUUUGGUCUCGAGGGGGACAUCAAUCAAAAUCGGAGAGAAGGAUCUCUGUUCCAUAGAUGA